GUACCUACGAUGUGAUUUAUAUUACCGACCAUUUGCCUUCGCUUGCGCAUGAUCGUGAGUAACUCGCCUUUCAUCAAUAUCAAAGCCACCGAUACGGAGUUGCGCCACUGUAUCCCACCGUGACCAGUAUUCGCUCGUUGCCGUCAAAAAAAUGUCAGCGAUGCGGAUGAAAGCAGUGAGGUGUCCUACGGAUGAGCUCACCCUCUCCAAUUGCGCUAUUAUCAACGCCGAUGAUUUCCCUGGUGAUGUCAGGCAUAUUGAAGUAACUACUGCACCAAAUUAUCACUUUGUGUUCACUGUAAGAACACACCAUGAGAUACCUCGUUGUACAGUCGGUUUUAGCUUACCACAGCGAAAAUGGGCAACAUUGUCGCUUAACCAAGAGAUUGAAGUUCGACCAUAUAACUUUGAUCCAACUUCUAACACAGAAUGUUUGUGUAAUAUUGUUUUGGAAGCUGAUUUCCUGCAGAAAAAGACCGUUACUUUGGACCCAUACAACACAGAUGAAAUGGCCAAGGAUUUUCUGCUACAGUUUUCAGGCCAGGCAUUCACCGUGGGUCAGCAGCUGGCAUUUCAGUUUAAAGACAAAAAACUGCUUGGAUUAGUUGUCAAAAGUUUGGAGGCUGCUGACCUAUCGGCCAUUAGUUCAGGACAGAACACUGUGCCCAAGAAGACCAGACUGGGUCGAUGCUUGGGUGAUACUAUAAUACAAUUUGAGAAAGCUGAAAAUUCCAGUCUGAAUCUUGUCGGACAAGCUAAAGGAAAAGCUGUUCGUCAGGCAAUCAUCAACCCGGAUUGGGACUUUCAGAAAAUGGGCAUUGGUGGUUUGGACAAGGAGUUCAGCGCCAUUUUUCGCAGAGCGUUUGCAUCCCGUGUUUUCCCAACAGAAGUUGUCACUCAGAUGGGUUGCAAGCACGUAAAAGGCAUCUUGCUGUAUGGACCGCCUGGUACGGGCAAAACACUAAUGGCUCGUCAGAUAGGAACAAUGUUAAAUGCCCGAGAACCAAAAAUUGUAAACGGUCCACAAAUUUUGGAUAAAUAUGUUGGAGAGAGUGAAGCUAAUAUCAGAAGAUUGUUUGCUGAUGCGGAAGAGGAAGAAAAGAGGCUUGGACCAAACAGUGGACUUCACAUAAUUAUAUUUGAUGAAAUAGAUGCUAUUUGUAAGUCUCGAGGUAGCGUCGCCGGAAACACAGGAGUGCACGAUACUGUGGUGAAUCAGCUGCUGGCAAAGAUUGAUGGUGUUGAACAAUUAAAUAAUAUUCUUAUUAUUGGCAUGACUAACAGGCGAGAUAUGAUCGACGAAGCUUUAUUGAGACCUGGUAGAUUGGAGCUGCAAAUGGAGAUCAGCUUACCAGACGAACAUGGACGGCAUCAGAUUCUUAAUAUUCAUACAUCGCGAAUGAGAGAUUACAAGAAAAUUUCGUCCGAUGUGGACUUGAAAGAGUUGGCGACGUUAACGAAGAACUUCAGCGGCGCGGAAUUAGAAGGUCUAGUCAGAGCUGCGCAAAGCACUGCUAUGAAUCGUCUAAUUAAAGCUGCCAGCAAGGUAGAGGUGGAUCCAGCCGCAAUGGAAAAACUGAUGGUCACUAAGAGUGACUUCUUCCAUGCAUUAGAACAUGAUGUUAAGCCAGCGUUUGGUACGAGUGCUGAGGCAUUGACUCAAUUACUGAUACGCGGAAUUAUCAACUGGGGUAGACCAGUGGCUGAUAUCCUCGCUGAUGGUAGUCUGUGCAUUCAACAAGCUCGCGCGACCGAAGGAUCAGGACUUGUAUCUGUUCUCUUAGAAGGCCCACCGAAUAGCGGGAAAACUGCGCUGGCUGCGCAAAUCGCAAAGAAUUCAGACUUUCCAUUCGUCAAAGUGUGUACACCUGAGGAUAUGGUCGGUUAUAUUGAAUCUGCGAAAUGUCUUUCCAUACGGAAGGUAUUCGACGAUGCAUACCGUUCACAACUCAGUUGCAUCUUAGUCGAUAAUAUAGAACGACUGUUGGAUUACGGCCCGAUUGGACCAAGAUACUCUAAUCUAACGUUGCAAGCACUUCUGCUGCUGUUGAAGAAAUCACCACCGCCUGGCCGUAAAUUGUUGAUUCUAUGCACUUCUAGUCGCAGACAAGUUUUAGACGAGCUGGAAAUACUCUCAGCAUUUAAUACCAUUCUUCACGUGCCUAAUUUAUCAAUGCCUGAUCAUCUGUUGAGAGUUUUGGAAGAAGUUGAUCUCUUUUCGAAGCACGAAAUGGCUUCUUUGCACGCCAAACUUCAAGGAAAACGCAUCUUCAUCGGUAUUAAGAAAUUGCUAUAUCUGAUAGACAUGGCACGUCAAGUGGAAUCGGCUUACAGGCUCCCGAAAUUCUUAUCGAAGCUGGAAGAAGAAGGCGGCCUAGAAUAAGAAGUAUUCCAUUUCGAGUUGCGUUAGUUUUGACAGCGUAGAUACAGAGAAAUCGCGAGCACUUCUAAACCCUGUGUAUAUUCAUCCAUUCGUUUUGCGUUUUUAGCGCUGUCAGAUCCAAGCGAUUCUGAUCGGAUCCGCUCGAGAAACGAACGCAUUCUCGGAUUGUAGUAAUUUACAUAGGUAUAGACGUUGAAUGAGACGUAGUCAAUGACACUAGAACCUUUGUGUCACGAUAAAUUACCGUAAUAAGUAGAAGAUAACACUAGCUUCCAUUGUGGUGCAUAUCCAAAAAUGCGUAUUAACUCCAUAUUUUGAGAUACAAAUGCAGACCACGCCAUAGUAGACACCUAAAUCUAGACGACUGUUAUUGGUCUUGUAAGCGAAAUUUGAGAAGGAAAUAUCGAGAUAAUUCGUUCUUCGUGUAAUAAGUGUCUCGAUCUAGUUUCAAUACAAUUUAAUCGCAAUAAUAGCAAAUCUGAAGGAGCAGAUUCCUUGCAUUAUAUCUUUUAAGGGCUUAAUAGGCCAAUUUGUUAGGCUUGUAUAUGCACGCAUCUCGAAAUAAUGGUUUGCUGCGAUUCGAUUGAAUAUCCGAUUGUUGAAUAAUAGUGUACCAUUGUACAGUUAUUACGGGAACAUGUAUAAGGGCGGAAGUGUUUGGGAUAACAAACGCAAUACCUGAUUUUAGCGUAAGGAUCGUCUGUUGCAUUCUGUCAAGUGCAUUUCUUCCUUAUAUGCCUUAUGUAUCUUCAAUACACGGUUAAGAAGAUGAGAAAAAUAUUUAUAGCGAAGGACUGUAAGUGCAGUACUUACAUUAGCUGUUGCAGAGAUUGCACCAACGUCGCUUACCACCGAUUUAGCAAAUUCUUCGUGUGCUUUUCUAAAUUAUAAUCUCAAUUAUAGCACAUAUAAGAAAAGAAGAUUCGUAUCACGGAGAUUAAACGCGAGGCGACGAUGAUGGUAGUCGUAAAUAGCAAACUGAAUGUACUUCUGUAGUUGUAUAUUACAUAAUAUACUUUCUUUUAAUAUGGGAGGGACGUUGAAAAAUAUCAAUAUCUUGAAUGUACAAUGUUGCUCUGGAACAAUGUUUGAUAAUCAGGAUUAUCGCGGGAAUUUUACGUCUCUACUAUUAAUUGUCAAAUAGCAAUAAUAUAGCUAUAUAUACAUAUAUAUAUAUAUAUGAAAAGAUAAACUUGUUAAAUUCUCGUAUAUGAUGCUGUGUAUUUAUUGUUGAGUGCAUUCUCAAUUGCACAUGUAUAUUGUAUGCAAUUAAUUACCGUGCACAUAUUCAAUAUCCACUGUAUUCCUCGUAAAUCAUGGAUAGUGAUGCGAUGUAAGGACAGUAAGAUGUAAUAGUUAUAAGGACAGCCGAUAUAGUCAAUAAUUGUCGAUAACACACCCCGCUAUUCUUCGGCAUGUUUCAACAAAAGAUCAUUCCAGAAUUAUUGCUUGAGAUAUAUUUAUUCUACUACGGAUUAAAGAAAAAUUACAACGAUAAUUAGAGACAGCGUGUAAUGCGAAUUGUAUUUAUUACUACUUUUUAUUUAUAUAUAGUACCAAUUAAAAUAAUAAGUCGAUUAUGUGAUUUGUUAUUAGGAUGUAUGCCAGCUGUCGCUUGUCAUACACGUUGUAUUAUUUUGUUCAUAAAUUAUGAAUAUGAGUAGAGCGAUGUAAGUUUAUUUAUUUUUUUUUGUAUUAUACUAGUAUUUUAAUUGUAUUAUAUCUGUGUUAUGGCUUGAUAGAUCGUCAAGCUAGUUACAUAUAUUGUAUAUGUACUGAAAGAACAUGUCAUAUAUUGCAGAUGUCUUAAAAGAGAAAUUUCGCUUAUGCGGUGUUCCUUAACGUAUUGUAAUAUAUUCGACUACUCGUCUGUAUUCAUCAAUGUGACCUGUUAUCGAUGCGAGGCAAAAAUAAAAUUACCCGAAAAUACA